AGAGAACGUUUACUAGCAUGAGGUAUGGAGCUAAUUACUGAGCCGUAGCAGAGAGAAGAGAAGAAGGCUGAGCCAAACUGCUGAGAAGGAGGGUGAGGAGGAGGAGGAGGAGAAGAGGAAGGGUUAAUAAAACUACCAUAUCUCUCUCUCUGCGCUCAGUGCGCUAUUCUCUGCCAGGCUUUGAAGCUGACAGAGAGAGAGGAGACAGAAGCAGAAGUUACAGAAGUUUACCAUCCCAAAUCGUGAACAGGACAGACGAAAGGUUUUAAUCCAGUAUCUGAAGAGGCGAUUUCUGGUGAAAAGUAUGCUUUUCUAAAGUCAAAUAUUUGGACAGACGAGGCAUCGCAUCGUUGCAGCGCUGAUACAAAGUUUGCAGGUCCUCUACUUAGUUGGGAAGUUCGUUUCCCAUAGUUGGCUUGUGAGUGACAUCUGCUUCUUCUCGGCUGGAAUCCUUGACGGACUAAAUAACGUGAUUUAGAUUGUUUGGAGCGCUGGUGGAAUUUUAACUGGAGACGGAGUUCUUCCAUGCAACAGUUGGCUAUUUUGUACAAGUAAGCCAUGGCACAACAGACCAGAAACGGAGGGACCUCAUUGAACAACAACGGCACCGAUAUCACCAAGAGGAAGCUGUUGACAGGACUGGACCUCUUCUGCCUGCUACUAGCUGGCCUGCCCUUCCUGAUAAUAGAGACUAGCAUCAUACAGCCGUACCAGAGAGGUUUUUACUGUUCUGAUGAGUCCAUCCGGUACCCAUGUAAAAAUGGAGACACUAUCAGCGAUGCUGUGCUCUGUGCUGCUGGCAUUCUUAUUGCCAUCCUCUCUAUUGUUAUAGGAGAGUGUUACCGGAUUCACCAUCUGAGUGAGGGAUCUAAGUCUUUCAUUGGGAACCCUUAUGUCUCAUCUCUCUACAAACAGGUUGGAGUGUUUAUAUUUGGCUGUGCCAUUAGUCAGUCGUUCACAGACAUCGCCAAGGUGUCAGUGGGCAGGAUGAGACCGCACUUCCUGGACGUGUGUAACCCUGACUGGUCAGCCAUCAACUGUUCCCUCGGAUAUAUCACCUCAUACACCUGUAAGGGCCCUGAGAGCAAAGUACAGGAAGCCAGGAAAUCCUUCUUCUCAGGACAUGCCUCCUUCUCCAUGUUUACUAUGCUCUACCUGGCUUUUUAUCUCCAGUCCAGGUUCACCUGGCGAGGUGCCCGUUUGCUCCGCCCCCUCCUCCAGUUCACGCUGCUGAUGAUGGCAUUCUACACCGGCCUAUCACGCGUUUCCGACCACAAGCACCACCCCACAGACGUACUGGCCGGCUUUGUACAGGGCGCCCUGGUGGCCUACUGCAUAGUGUUCUAUGUAUCUGACCUGUUCAAGCCGCAGGAGAAGCCUGCCUCGCCCCCUCCCUCCCCCAUCAAGAAGGAGCUCCUCCCCCCUGCUGACAUCAUCGAGCGGAACAACCACCACAACAUGGUGUGAGACAGGCUCCUCGGUCAGGGGAAGGGGCCUAUCACAGCAUUUCUCACCGCCCAUUGGACAGUAGAAUGUAGCGACCAGAGAGACUAUGGUCGCGUCUCAAAUCACACUCCGCUUUUUAUAUAGUGCACUCCUUAUCACACCCGCUGGUGCAAAGUAGUGCACUACUUAGGGAGUAGUGCUUUAUUUGAGUCCUGCCCUGCAGAAACCACUAUCCAGACUCUUUACUACUAUUGUUAUUACUACUACUUUGAGCCCAAGUUAGAGCAAAAAGAAAAGAAUGAAAAGCUAAAAGACAAGAAGUUAGAGACAGACAGACAGACAGACAGACAGACAGCAGUGCAGAGCCGUUGAAACGAACACAUUGUAUCCACACAAAGGGGAAAUAAAUGUUAAAAAAUAAAUGAAUGAAUGAAGGAGAAAAAGACAGACAUAUUAGCUGUCUCUGUCUGUGGCCUUGACAUAGGAUAACAACUUCCUUAGUAAUAGGAACUAUAUUACUGCAAUAUUACUAGCACAUGACACAUCUAGUAUAUGAGUAACAAUAUAGAGUAGAAUAACUUACAGCACUAUAAUCCAGUUCACUGUCGAUUAUCACCACUCACCACAGGAUGGACCAGCUAUAAGAACGCUUGUUGAUGCUUACGUAGAAGGUUGAAGUUAACCUGUAACUAGUUAACUUGUCCAAUGCCAGCUACUGACUACUACAACAGAAGGAAGAGACCUGGAGAGGAACCUGACACACUUUAAGGACAAAAAAAGAUCCUUAUAAAAAUCUAAUGAAAUCCACCUCUAGCUUCUAACUCCAGGUAUAGAAGUUUAGAAUAGUCCAGUUGUCAGCUCAACAAGCCUCUUAUAACUGCCCCUUUGAGUAGCCUAACCUGAGAUGAUGCUUUCUGAAAGAGGGGGGGUGAGAUGAAGAAGGGUUUCAUGAACGAUGGAGGGUAAAGGAGGGAUAUUGAUUAGUAUUAGUUUGGGGGUGGUGGGGAAGAAUGGAGGGAGGGGGAGGUAAAUAUCUCUCAGUCACCUGUCACUCGGUGUGGGGGUGUGGCUGUGCCACACUGCCAUCUGAUUAGCUGCAUAGGUGGGGGUGUGGUCUGUUGCCAUGGAAGUAGGGUUGAUUGACAACUAAGCUGUCACAUAAUUAUGGGAUAGGGGCUCUUUCCGCUGGCAGGGAGGGGCUCUGGCCCACCCAAUCAUUCAUUGGCAGUAUGUGUGUGUCCUGUGUGUCACUGUGUGUGUCUGUGUGUCCACUCUGUGUGUUUUGUGUGUGUGUGUGAUGUGUUAGGGUUUGCAUGUCUUGUGUAUUUGUGAGUGUGAUUGUGUCUGUGUCUGUGUGUGUUUUGAUUCAUCCUCCUGGUAGUGUGUGUAGCAUGAACCCCCCUCACACACACCAUUGUCUGUGCCAAGAGUGUGUACCACUAUGUUUGCGUGUGUUUGUGUACAUGUGUGUUAGAGAGGGCCAGGGGUGGAGGGCUGAGGCCCUGUCCGGAGAAUAUUAGAAAACUGUGGAUUGAAUAUUUUUAUUUUCUGCUAUGAUGGAUCUUUAACAUGUUCAGUGCUAGUCCAGUAAUGUAAUUAACAAACCUAUCCCCAUCAGCCAUUUUAUUUUACAGUUCAGUUUACUUAGGAGAAAUCUCAAGUGGCCCACUAUUGCCUAUAGCAGGGUUUCCCAAACUCGGUCCUGGGCCCCUCUGGGUGCACGUUCUGGUUUUUGCUCACACAGCUGAUUCAAAUAACCAACUCAACUUUGAUUUAUUUGAAUCAGCGGUGGGGGGGGGGGGGGAUGCGGGACCCUGCCCCGUGGAAUGCUCUUCUUACUAAAAUAAGUACACUAGAUACGGAAUAGGGUGCCAUUUUGGACAGAGCCUAAGACGUCUUCUCAACAUCACCACUUUCUAAUCACUUUUAGUCCGUCCUAUCAUUUAAGAAAACUAUUUUCUUUUCAUUUUAUAAAUAUAUAAAUAAUGUAUAGUUCACUAAAAUUAACUGUGUAAGAUAUAAUUUCUUAUGUUUAGCUAUUGUCCACUAUGAAACCACAACCUGUGUUAUCUACCAAGUGCUGCUUAAAAAGCAUUGAUUGACAGAUUUUUGUAUUUAGUUAACUAAAAUAUUGUAGAUUUGUGAUAGUAUGUUUUUAAUACACAUUGAAAACAAACACACCUACACGUUUAUUAAAAUUCACUAUCAGUAUUUUUGUAUUGUCUCGUUUUGUAUAAAAUAAGUAUUAGCAAAAAAAAUGUCCUGCUAAAUGUACUUAGCUCUACUACAUGUGGUUUUAAAUAAAAAGCCCAUUAUGAACACAA